AUGUCAUCGCAAGUUGAACAACAACAACCUUUGAAUGCAUACCCUUACGAUCAAGUGAUGAAAUCACCGCCCCAUUCAUCCCAUUCAAAUGGAUCAUUCAACACAACUAUCAUCGUGAUAGCCGGGAUCUUAUUUCUCGGCGUCACGGCUUAUGUUCUCAAUCGGUUGUGCCGCCCUCGUGGUAACAACGCGGACAAGCCCAAACCGCCAGCCGACAAUGCUAAUGGAGAGAAGAAGCCAACAGUCGCCUUGCAGAGGGCCGACAUCGAAUCCGGGUUUGCUUAUAGUCACGGCGGAGGAGGCCCGGUGCUGCCGCCUCAGUAUGGCGGAGGAAGGGGGCCGGCGCCACCGCCUCAGUAUGGCGGAGGAAGGGGGCCGGUGCCGCCGCAUUUUUUCUAG